GAAGGUGGAAGUGCUGCUGCCUGGCGGGGGAAGCCGCGUGUGGGGCGGGCAGGAAUCAACCGGUCAGGGUGUUGUAGGGGCGGGUGGGUGAGAGUUCCGCAAGUCCUCGGGCACGACCCGUGACUUCAGGGCACCGUCAAGCAGAGCCUGUUUGGGCGCUCCUGUCCCAGCCGCUGAUGCCCCGGGUAGAGCAGUCGCGGGCGAUGCUGUGCGGCAUGUCUGGCGUGGCUUUCAUCCCCACUUUGCUCGUCAGCUGGUCCUCAGCCGCCUUCAUCAUCUCCUAUGUGAUCGCCGUGCUGGCGGGGCACGUCGAGCCCCUUGUCCCCUACAUCAGUGACACUGGAACUAAACCUCCAGAGAGUGGUGUCUUUGGUUUUAUGAUUAAUAUUUCAGCACUUUUAGCUGUAAUUACAAUGUGCAUCAGAUAUUUAUUAAUAGAGAAGCAAAAUGAGUCAUCACAUUUUAUUAGGUCUUCAUGCAACAUACUUUCAUUAUGUAUUGGAUUGGUGGGAUGUGUUGGAAUGGGCAUAGUUGCAACUUUUCAGGAGCUGUCUGUUCCCAGUGUCCAUGACAUAGGAGCUUUGGUGGCAUUUGGCUCUGGUGUUAUAUACAUUACCCUUCAGUCUAUUAUCUCUUACAAGUCAUGUCCAAAAUGGAACAGCUACUUUAUGUGUCACAUAAGGAUGGCCAUAUCUGUAGUAUCAUGCAUUGCUUUCAUUCCCAUGAUUGUGUUUGCAUCACAAAUUUCCAUGACAAAAAUUGAUUGGACUCCAGGAGAAAAGGAUUAUACUUACCAUUUUCUGAGUGCAAUCUGUGAAUGGACAGUAGCCUUUGGUUUCAUCUUCUUCUUUUUAACCUUCAUCAGCGAUUUUCAGAUGAUGCCAAGAAAAUUUUUGGAGUUUGGCCACAUGUACACACAUGCUGAUGUGGGACAAAGGUUUUCUCAGUGUGAGCUCAAACUUUCUGCUCAUACCCAUACCUGCUGGGAAUCCUAA